UGAAAUGGAACUCGACUGUAAUAAAAGAGGAAAUGACUGAUAAUAGAAAAGAUAAGAACACGAUGAAAAGAAUCUACGGAAAGAAUGGAUGAGGCCAUACUUUGUAUUGUGAAAGCUUCUUUGCUUUCUCAAAACCCAAACUACCUAUUAAAGCACUUAUAAAAACCUAAAAACAAACGUACAUGGCUUUACCUAAAUGACCCUUUACCUGAACACGCCUUCCAUUGGCGAUAAAGAAGAAAGUGAAAGUAAACUCUGACUUUCAAAGCCAACAGCAGAGUAAAUAGAACAGACACUUCUGGAAAAUCGGUCAGAUUGAGUGUAACAAUGGACAAGUCUCCCACAACACCUGCUGGGGGAAUCUUUCGCAGGUUAUCUAAUUUCAGAAAAAGUGCUCCACGCAUUAGAAGGAGAAUGUCAAAGAAACUAUCUUCUUCAUUUGAUAAAGAACAAGAAAUUACUGAGAUAUUUCAAAUUAAGGAAACACAUAUCCCUUCUAAGCCGUGUUCGGUUUUACAGAUAAGGGAAUAUAUAAAAACGGAUGAGCUUAAAAAGGCUUAUGUGAAUCUUCUUUCCCUUCGCCUGGAUAUUGAGCAGAAGCGAGGAGCUUUAGAAGAAGGAGCUUCUGACGUGGAUCUAGUCAAUAAAGAGACAGACAUUAGUAUGCUCUUUGACACCCUAAAGAACAAAAUAGCUGAUAUUGUGCGUUCUAGUACGCUGCCAUCUAUCAAUAAAGAGUUACUUGGGCAAGUGGUCACUAUAGUCCUGGAGGAAAAGAAGAAAUCAGAAAUGAUGAUGGGAUGGAUGGAGAUGUUGAGGAAUGCGGUACGAGACGGGGUUAGAGACAGCUUGAAGAAAGUUCCACUGGACAAGCCUGAACAGAACACGUCAUGGUUGGCUGUACACCUGGGGCUUCUGGGUAAAGCGAUUGAGGAUGAUUUGAAGAGAGUUACAUCAGAACUUCUCAGCUCAUAUCCAAAAGACUUUAAUGUGUUUGAAACCUACGUCUCCUGCUAUCAUGAGGUUGCGGAGGAGCAUUUGAAGGAAAUUCUGGAAAAGGUGACAGAUGCAAAAGAUUACAAGACUCUCCUAGACUUCAUUAUUCGUAGCUGCCCCGGUGAUCUGAGAACAGACCAGGGAGCUGUUACACUGGACCAAGACUUCCUCAAGAAAAUCAAGUCUGCAUAUUGUGAUCGGCUGAUGGAGAACUUUAAAGCUGAACUGGAGAAUAUUAUCAACUUGGAAAGAGACAAGGUUUGGAAAAUGAAGAAAACUCCAAACACAACAGAUGAAGGAUUCCUUACCUCACAAUUCAACAUGGAAAUCUGUCAGAUGACAGCAAGUUAUGCACAGCAGCUUAAAGAGAUCGAUGAGGAUCAUGGGAAGAUGUUUGUAAGGUUUUCUUUGGAGGAGAUUCAUGAAUUUCAUAAAAGAUUUGAAGAAGAGUUCAGAGAGCACACCCGCUCUCUGCUGACCUCAGACCUGCUGGACUUGUAUCUGUGGGUCAAUUAUCACAUCACAUAUAUCAACACUUUUCUUUUACUCAAAGAGCAAAUGCAAUGCUAUAGAGAGAGCUGUUUAACUCAGGUGGUGCAGCUGGAGAAAGACAUGGACGAAGUGACACAAAGACUCCGUCAGACCCUAAUGGAACAUUUCAAAACAGAUAUCAAGCCUUAUAUAAAUGGUAUGAUGACAAAGAAAUGGAUCAAAACUGAUGAAGAUUUUACAGAAGUAACAUCCAGAAUUGAGAGUUACUCUGGACUCUGUAAAUCCAUGAGGAAACCAGCAUCUCAGAGCUUCGUAAAUGAUGUGCACUAUUAUGUGAUAAAAGAAUAUGUCUCACAACUGAUGAAGAAAAAGUUUUCAUGUAAGAAUAGCAAGAAUGAAGAAGCUGCUGAUAAAAUGAGAACACAAUGGAAAGAGCUCAGGAAACUGUUUGAGGAAAUGGGAUCGUCCUUAGACUGGCUUUAUCCACUGGGGAAUUACCUUAGUGAUAUUAUAGGAAUGGAAAAUGAGAAAAGUAUCAAAGAUAUUUUACAUCCAUUAGUUAGCGAUUACCCAGACAUCAGCAAGAAGCAAAUGUCAGCGGUGUUGUACUUCAGAGACAAUGGUUUUAGCUUGGAGAGACAUCAGGUUAUUAAUCAGUUUAAUCUGCUCAAACGGGACACUGCCAACAUCAUUCAUGAGCACAGCUUCUUCAUUGACAUGAAGUGAGAUAUACUUCUUCAUGAACCGUCGUAUUGAGGAGAAGCUACUGCAAUUUGGGAAAAUACUCCAAUUUUUUAUAAUGUUUUCAGGGAUUGUUAUACGUUAAAAGUACAAAACAGGCAAAAGAUUAUUUAGUGUACAGGUAUAUAUUAGUUUAUUGUUGCCACUAGAGGGAGACAGCCAACUACAGACGAGAUAUUUGCAUUUCCUUCACACAAUUAUGCAAAAGAGGUGAGGGAUUCAUUCUGUUUAUCUUAUUUGAUAACAAUCAUGUAAAUGUAAAACUUAAUAUUGUACAUAACCAUGUCUGGACUGUACAAUCAUUAAUCCAGGUUAAUGCUGGAUAGACCCCUGUACUUACAAAAGCUUACGUUUACUCCUUUUUUCUGACUUGUCCGUUAUCUUUUUUGUGUGAAAUCAUGCUUCAUGUUAAUAUGAGCAUGUCCAUUUUUAUUUGCUUUUAUAUUUGUUAGAGUAAAACCAUAACAAAGGAACCUAAAUGUUUGUUAAUGUCAUAAUAAAUAAAUUCAAUGCAAUUCCAUAUGCAAA